CAACCACUUCCCUUAUGGACCUCUCUGCAGAUUAUAUGACUGGAUAUUGCUUGAAUUGAUGGAUAAAACGUGAGGAUAAAGCGUAUAUUGGUGCGUUUCUCGUAUGUUAAAUUGAAGAAAUCGCCUUAUCGUGCGCGCAACAUGAAAUAGUAGCAGCCAGGUAGUUGCAUACGCUCCUAAUUGAACUUUACACCGGGUGGCAAUGGCAGCAGCUGCGCCCGGCUCUGUCGCACUGUCUUUAGGGGAAGUUGGGGGCAUUUUGCACGGUGUGGACGGUUUACCGCAGGUGGGGUCCCAUUAUUACCUGCCCGCGCUGCAAGGGGACGGUCCUGCGCUUUUUGGGGACCAUCUCGUACCGGGAGACAGGCUCUACCGGAGCACCACAGCGGAUCUCACGCACCUCAAAGGGAUUCUGAGGCGGAGGCAGCUCUACUGUAGGACGGGCUUUCACCUGGAGAUACUUCCAGACGGGACUGUGCAGGGGACCAGGAAGGACCACAGCAGAUUUGGGAUCCUGGAGUUCAUUAGCCUGGCGGUGGGGCUGAUCAGCAUUAAAGGAGUGGACAGUGGCUUGUACCUGGGAAUGAACGACAAGGGGGAGCUCUAUGGAUCAGACAAACUGACAGAGGAGUGUAUUUUCCGGGAGCAGUUUGAGGAGAACUGGUACAACACUUAUUCCUCUAAUUUGUACAAAAAUGUAGACAGAGGGACGCGUUACUUUGUGGCACUAAACAAAGAUGGGACGCCUCGAGAUGGGACUAAAUCUAGAAGACACCAAAAAUUCACACACUUUUUACCAAGACCUGUGGACCCGGACCGUGUUCCUGAAUUGUACAAGGAUAUCCUGGGACAUAGCUGAAAAUGCAUGGAGUUUUGUUAAGGAGUUACCAAAAUAAAUGAGCUAUCCUGACUUGGAAUAAGACAGUAGCAGUUAAAGGAGGAUAUACCUUGCUACUACCGAAGGGAUAGAGCCAAUGGGGCCCCUUGGAGGAAUGCAAAAAGACCAUCUCUCAACAGGUCAGGAAGACAGCGUCCAAAUACUCUUGGAUUGAGGGUGCGCUUGUUUCAGUACGAAGAGGAGAUGAAAGAGAAAUGAGGAAACACUAACUCCACCCGGGUGGAUAUAUACCUAUAGGAAGUAAGCAAGCAUAAGUGAGCUAUAUUAUUUGGUCACUGUUGUCCCAGUCCUAGCCCUAUAACAUGGGAAUGUGGAGCUUGAAGGAAACUUGCUUACGUUUCACCUGAACUUUGACAAGAAAAAAAGCAACAUGUAAAAAAGAAAUUAUUUAUUCACUUUGCAUACGUAUAUUUAUGAUAUAUAUUUAUUUAUUUGAGAAUAUAUUUUUACAGUUAGAGACAGCGAUUAUAGAAAAAGCAUUAGAAAAGUGUAUGUAAAGACUGAAGCACUGUAUACAUGAGUUUGAAUAGUGAGACAACUGCAGACUACAGCCCCUAUUGCUCACUUUAACGAGGUAUCCCUUUCUUUAUCGAGUACUACCUAGGUCGAAAAUAGUACAGUGCUGACAUUAAGGGUUCCGAAGGGUCUCGCUGCAGCAGUGGUGAUAAUAGAGUGUGAUAACCACCAAUCACGUGGGGAAUAUUAUGGUAAAUGGUCACAUUUUUCUAUAGCGCUUUUCUACCUUCAAGGCACUUAAAGCGCUUUCCAACAAGGAACCACUCACCCAUUCACACACACAUUCACACACCAGUGUACGCAGACACUGAGGGCAAGGUGGGUUAAGUGUCUUGCCCAAGGACACAACGACAGCAUUCAUCUGUGUGAGUUAGAAUCACACCGCCAACAUAUGGAUCAGUGGACAAACACUCUACCAACUGAGCUACUGUCGCCCCUAACAAGUUUGCUAACAAGUUUCUAAUGCUAACCCCAAAAUUUUUACCCUAACCUCCACUAACUUCAUUAUAUAAAUAUUUGAAUGGAUCAAUUGAGUUUGAGUUUCAGAGGUGUUUUUUUAUUUAGCACCAGAAGUCAAAUUGGUUGCAUAUAACACCGAUUGUUCGUAUACAAGUGGUAACAGCUAUAGAAACAACCCACUAUCCAUGGGUUUUAGUAUUAUUAAAAAUGAGGACUGUUGUCAUAACGAUUAACAAUUUAAAACAAAAUAUGGAUACCCAUUAUGACAUCAAGAGGUCACAGGCCAGUCUAAAUAAAUAUAAAUACUGUAAACCAAUUAUUGGUUACUGUACAAAGAUACACUGACUUGAUUCUUUGUUUACCAGCUUAAAGGCUGCAGCACUGGCAGGUCAUUUUGCCAUGUUACGAGAUGAACAUAAAUGGCUGACUAAGAUGGGAUAUCUCAGUAAGGAGCAAAAGAGAAUGCUAUUGAAAAAGGGGCCAGUA